UACGCGAGUAGGUCACACCACGGCGAAGAGCGAUAGUUCGCGGUUAGCAAACGGUUCGUUCGUUGGUUCGUUGGAUCGUCCGUUCGUCCGUUUUCGUUCGGUUGGACGAGAGAGAACCCAUUGCGCUCGUUCGCACCGGGUCCGCGUUCUCUUCGACCACCUUGUUCUUGUUCUCGCGGCAUCGAAUCGGUCGCGUGGUCGUUUUGCCUUCGCGGAACGGGACGAGCGAAAAAAAAAUGGGUGAUCGCGCGUCCACGGCCGCGUAACCGACGACCGUCGUCGUCGUCGUCGUCGACCGUCGACCGUCGAAUCGGAUCGCGUAUUUCGCACACGACAAGUAAAUUCCCCGUCGGUUCUCUCCGCACGGGGACAACAGCCGUCGUACGAACAGCAAAACGAAAAUCGUACGAACCGUUCGGUUGUUGUCAACAGCCUUUUCCGCGACCGAAAGACUGCCGCAUCGUCGUAACUCCGGAAAAGAUAUUCCGUAUCUUCGGCAUAGGUAAACGAUUCGGGCUCGCCAGCCGCGUCCCGAACAGACCGUUUCCCCAUCGAUCGAAGACACGAACGAUCUUUUCUGUGUCCCCGGUUUUUCUUUCCUCGCGCCUCCGGUUUCUCGCUGGCUCGCACGCGUGCAUCCGGUUCACCCUCGCCUCGCGCGUUGCUCUACGAUACUACUACCACUACUAUUACCGAUAUUUCCUCCUGUUGUUCGGCACGACUUGGCGCGACGGUCCGCGAUCCUCGCGCGACCGACGAACCGCCGUUGUUCCCCCUUUGAUUCACGAGACAGCGAUCGAGAAUCCGAGCGUGAAUUCAAGCGUGAAUUCGAGCGUGUAUUCGAGCGCAGAAGGAAGAGUAACCGGGGGAUCGAAGGUGGACAAGAGGGCAGGAGAGACGCGCAAACGUCCACGCUCGCUCCGAUGAGUUUCAUGCUUUCGGGGACGGAGCACGGCGAGCAUUCUUGACGUUCGAAAACGCUUUCAAGCUUAAAUAUAUAGUUCGUCUUUGGUGCGGAGAGGAGAGAGAGAGAGAGAGAGGGAGAGAGAGAGAGAGAUAGAGAGAGAAGUGAGGAGAGGGCGGGCGAGCGAGAGAAGAGGACAGAAAGAGGCAGACCGAGGAAAAGAGGCUAGACGUCGUCGCGUCGCGUCCGAGAGAUCCGUGAAUUCGAUUCCAUUCAACGAACGCAAGCCUUCUUCCCUAGAACAACGAACAUGCACGGUGAUCACGCACUCGGCGUGCUAACGUUUGCGAAACAGGAGGCAAAUUGUUACCGUUGAUCCAUCGAUUUUCCCCCCCACGUACAAAAUCCCGUUGUUGAAACUACCACCGUUAUUUUUCUAUCGAUUUUCUUCGAGCGGAAGAGAGAAGCAUCUCGAGGGACGCCAGAUAGUUUCACGCGUCCCGUCGAGAGAGAGAGAAAAAGAGGGAGCCCUAAAAAGAGAGGGAGUGAUAGAGAGACAGAGGGAGAGGGACGAAAAUAUCGGAGAACGAAAGAGGAAAGAUCAGAGAUGAAAUUGGAUUUCAGCUGAAAAGGAUCGAGAAUCCGGAGGAACGCCGUUAUCUUUCGCAUCGACCGGCCGGAUUAAUUCGAAGCGUUUUCUCCGCUCGCGAGGAGAAACGAAGACGCGCCGCGGGUGGAAGGGAUAGAAAGAGAGAAAAGAAAGCCACGAGGAGGAAGGAGGGGGGGUCUCGCGAAAGAAGAGAAGCGGAACAGAGCGGGUGAAUUACCUGUUUGUACGCGCAAGAGCAUCGAACUUAUUAACGAUUCGAGCGUCUCUCGUUGCGAGUCGGUGGCCGAGUGUGCAAGCACGAGAGGAAACGAACGGAACAACGAGAAUAUCACCGGUCGCAGAAGCAACGCGAUUCCUUGGCCGAUAUCCUUGGCGAGCCUUGCCAGGAAACACGAGGGACAAGAGCGAAUCAUGCGAUACAACCUGUCGACGAAUGCGUUAGCGGCGGUACGACGCAUCGAAAUCACAUAAACGAUUAAGAGAGAGAGAAAGAGAGACAUAGAGACACACACACACAGAGAGAGAGAGAGAGAGAGAGAGAGAGAGAGAGAGACGAAAAGGCUGCUGAUUCGAGGCUCGGCGAACCGAUUCGAGGAGACAGAGAGACGGAGAAAUUCGUAUCGAAACGAAAGAGAGAGAGAGAGAGAGAAGGGUAGUCUGAGAGAGUCGCUCGACGCACGAUAUACCGAUUAAAGGAAUUGGAAUUGUAGCAGAGGACGCGGGUUCGAUCGAACGACUCGGGAAUAGCAGUCCGACCGCGACAGGACUCGUCUCUCUCGAUCCAUCGGAUCGAACGCAGGCUCGCACGAUUCGCUCCCCGUAUCUGUCUAGCUCGGUUCUCGAGGAGAACACGAUCGAAUAUGGAAAUCGCAGCCUCUGCAAUGUUGGAUGGCCUGAAAAAUAAUCGAAUCAGCAAGUUGGCACUGUCGCGGUUCUUGUCGCAGAGUCUAGCCCAGUUGGAAACGACCGGCAGCCCGGCGAACAAACCGGCGGCUUCCGGUGGCGGACUCGGAGGCGGAGGCGUCGGAGGCGUCGGAGGGACGAGCGCGGGCGGAACCGUUCUUGCAGCGACCGGAUCGGCAUCGGGAACGGUCUUAGGGUGCGGCGGCAGCGGGUCCACCGCUUCAGGGUCUGGCGCGAGUAGUUCGGGCCCGGGUACAGGCAAUGCGAACGCAAGCACCAGUGGCAUGGCCGGUGGCAACCCGGUUUCCGGUAGCAGCGCCGGCAGCAUGGUCGCCGGGGCCGGCGAGCCACGCACCCCCACCGCAGGAGCGCAAAACAAACAGCUGCAGAACGUCAAAGGAGAUCAUCCCUCGAAAGCAUUCCUGCAGAGCAGAUCCAUGUCGUUGGUCGACAUGUACAUCGACAACUCGGAGCCCAGCGAGAACGUCGGUCAAAUACACUUCAGCCUGGAGUACGAUUUCCAAAAUACAACGCUUAUCCUUCGUAUCAUACAAGGCAAAGAUUUGCCGGCGAAGGAUCUGUCCGGGACGUCCGACCCUUACGUUCGUGUCACCCUUCUGCCGGACAAGAAGCAUCGACUCGAGACCAAAAUAAAGAGGCGCACGCUCAAUCCACGCUGGAACGAAACGUUUUACUUCGAAGGUUUCCCGAUUCAGAAAUUGCAGAGCAGAGUACUGCACUUACACGUGUUCGACUACGACCGAUUCUCGAGGGAUGAUUCAAUCGGAGAGAUAUUCCUGCCGCUCUGCCAGGUCGACUUUUCGGAGAAGCCCUCGUUCUGGAAGGCCCUGAAGCCUCCGGCGAAGGACAAGUGCGGUGAGCUGUUGUGCUCGUUGUGCUACCAUCCGAGCAACUCCGUGCUGACCAUAACGUUACUGAAGGCGAGGAACCUCAAAGCGAAAGACAUCAAUGGGAAAUCAGAUCCGUACGUGAAGGUCUGGCUGCAAUUCGGCGACAAGAGGAUCGAGAAACGGAAGACCCCUAUAUUUAAGUGUACCUUGGAUCCGGUGUUCAACGAGGCGUUCUCUUUCAACGUUCCCUGGGAGAAGAUCCGAGAGUGUUCAUUGGACGUGAUGGUCAUGGACUUCGAUAAUAUCGGAAGAAACGAGCUGAUCGGCCGGAUUCAGCUGGCAGGGAAGAACGGCAGCGGGGCGAACGAAACGAAACACUGGCAGGACAUGAUCACGAAGCCACGGCAGACGGUCGUCCAGUGGCACCGGCUCAAGCCGGAGUAAAGGGGACGGAAGUUAAAAAAAAACAAAAAACAAACGUAGGCGCACGCGACUCUUGGAUUUCGCGGGAGCGAAAAUUCAUCGUCAUACCUUUGAAACCAGUACCUCCCGGUCUCUCGAACCUUGCUAAACUCUGAAGAAAUAUUCCUUGUCUUCCGACGAUGCGAUACCGACCGAAAUCGUCUCGACUCGCAACGCGAUCGAGUCGCCUCGGUUUCGGGUCCGAACGUCGACCAAACAAAAAACGUGUACGUUUUCCGUUGUUGCGUUUUUUCACGGGACGAAUUAAUCGCGUCGUCGGCGAACGGUAAAACAAGCGAACGCGCGAGGACAGAUCGUCUUCUUUCGCGGUUGUAUUUACUAUAUCCUCGCGGAAGAAACCGGAAUGAAAUUCGGGGGACUCCGGAUCGGGAGUUCCUCGCAGUCGAGACUCGAGACGAGACGGAUCGAAUCGGUUCGAAUCGGUUUCGGACGUAGCGAUCGGACAGGAUCGGAAACACAGAACGGUACGGGACCGAGCAGACAGUAUCAAGACAUUUCCAGUAGAUGGUUUCGAAUCGAACGAGAAGAAUUCCGUGAGGCGAACUCGAUUUCCGUUUGAACCGUGUCGACUCCUUCAUUUUGCGAUCGACUCGUUCUCGUAUCGACGUCGGUACAUUUCGUUCGUUCCCGGUCACCAGGAUACUUCCGGUCGUUCUGUUCUCAAUCAUUCUCUCUCUCUCUCUCUCUCUCACACUCUCUCUCUCUCUCUCUGUCUCUCCGUCUGUCUCUCCCUCUGUCAUUUUCUUCUCACUCUUUCUUCGCUCCCUUUUUUUCACGACUAUCUCACUCUCUCUAUCUCUGUCUCUCUUUUUUAGUACGCGACAACGAUUCUCGACAAAAGUGUGUCGAAUUCACCUUUGACUCGUACGUUAUCGAGCUCGUUUUCCACGCAAGAUUGCGUGCCGCGCGGCGUGUAUAUGUACGUACAUCGAGCGGCCAAGACGCUCGACGAACGGCGACCGAUCGAUGUUACUUUCGCGACUUUAUUGACAUUUACAUCGAACGUUAUUUUUAUGGCUGUUUUGCACGCGUAAGUACGUACCGAGUACGUAAUACCGUUGCUUCGAAGUACCCGUCGGCUCGACGCGACCCAGCAUUUUCUAUGUCUCGUAUUAUCCGGUGUCUUUCGAUUCCAGCAUCGUGAACGGGAGGGAAAGAUCGUUUAUGCGGACGCGUCUUUCAAACGAACGAAUCUCUUGUCUUUCGCGCCGAUUUCUGCCCCGCGAUCCGAAGGUGGUCCGUGGUCGACCUGAAACGAGCUUCGACCACUCAUCGAUUCGAUGAUAUCUACACGAUCUAUUUUCUUUGCUCGAGUCUCUUUACCGUCUUCCUCCAUUCUCGCGACCGUCUCGCGUCCGCUUGCGGAUUGUCCGCGCAUCGUCGAAAGGUCGAAUCUUCUCGUUAUUGUCGCAGUCGUCCUUCCUGUUCCACCAGCUAUUCUAUUCUAUUCUUACCUAUUAUGUUCUAUUCUAUUCUGUCCAGAAUUUUCCCCGCCCACAUAUCGUUCAUCUUCGUCAAUAAUCUCUGUCUUUCUCUCUCUCUCUCUCUCUCUCACUCUGUCUGUUUCUCUCUCUCUCUCUCUUCUCUCUUUCUCUCCUCUCUCUCUCUCUCUCUCUCUCCUGUUUCCUCUCUCGCCAUCGAACGUCGCAAACUGAAAUUUGACGAUUGAUCGGAACGGGACACCGGAACACAAUGUUGAAUUCUUACUAGUAGAAAACGAUAAAGCAGCGAUAUUUUUGACGGAACUUUUGUAUCGACAAAGUCGGAGUUUUUUGGAAGCGACGAUAAAAUUGUGAUCGGUGUUAUACCCUGAAUUAAUCUUAAGCGUUACACAUCCAAACUAGUUUGCUGUUGUUGACGAUAAAAAAAAAACCGUAGUACCGAUCAGACAGUGAUCGCAAAAAGAAAACCCGUGUUUCCGUGCGCGCGCGCGUGCUCGCGCGUACGCGGGCGAUCGAGAUCCCGCGUCGCGCGCGUACAACAAACUUGAGAUGAAUAAAAACACAGUAUAUAACAGAGAGCAAAGAGAAACAAAAAAAAAGCGAAAAACCAACUAAAAGAAAAAACAAAACAUGUGUUUGCGCUCGGGGAGCAUGAGUGUGCGUGUGCAAUUUUUGCGUCUGCGAUAUUUGCGUUAGUGUUUGCGUUUAGUGUUUGCGUUAGUGUUUGCGUUAGCGUUUGCGUGCGCGGUUCCAGACAGACACCGCACGACCGAACAGAGUCAAACAAGACACACACAGGAGAGAACAGAAACAGAAGUAAAAGGACACGGCGUCGGAACGAGUAUAGCGUGCGAGACCACGGGGGAGCGUGCGGCGCUCCGUGGACGCGGAUAGAUGCGUGCGCGACUCGAAACAUGCACGAUACAAAUUUGCAUCGCCGCAUCGUCGCAGGCGAGCACACCCGUGCGCGUUGUCGAGUGUCUUCCGGGGCGAGAAAGAUCCGUGGAUUCGCAUCGUUCCGUCGCGAACGCCUCCAGCCGCGUCUCCAGACAGCUACGAUUCCUCGACACCACGCGAUUGCAAGCGAUCGCAAGCGUUUGCGAUCGCUCGCAACGUGCAUUCUUGCUGUUUCAGGCUCGGAAGCACGACGCGCGCAACGCGACACUCGUUUGCCAGGAUUCGGACACAUCCGCACGUACACGCAUCGCAUCUGUGUACACCCAAGUAUCCUCUAGCACAAAGGGAAAACCGUUAGACUAACGUUUGUAUGUCAUAGUCCAAUGUGUAUCGCGGCGUUCCCUCCGUAGCGUCGCGCGACUCGGCGCCGCUGAGAAUAGUUCCCGCGCGACGUUGCGGAGGAAACGUCGCGCGUUAAAAACGAUGCCGCUCGAGCCGAGGCCCCUGGUUCCUCUGACCAUUCGAAGUUUGAAUGAUCGCGUUCGAUCUUGCGCUGUGCGACAUCGUCGACCAAUGUCGACGUUCGUCCUCGGGCGACCGAGCUUGCUCGUCGACGACGACGAAAGAAGCGCUCGCGCGUCCGCUUCCGGUGGUUUGCGACCCAUCUCGGUAACGUGCGCGCUGGCGCGACAUCGAAUCAAGUGCCAAAAUCUCUAAUCGACGACGGAGGCCAAGUCGAACGAGAGAGAGAGAGAGAGAGGGAGAGAGAGAAAGCGCGAUGGAGAAGGGGGAGGAAGGAGAGAGAGAAAGGAAGAAAGAAAAAGAGGGAGUGAGGAACUGAGAGCGUUCGAGCGCAUCGCGAGAAUCUCUGUUCAGCGUUUUGGGACCGGGCACGGACGGAGGUAGCCCGAAAAGAGCGACAAGAUGGCCGCCGACCGUGCCUGUGCCGCACCGGGCGUAGACCAACGACACAGCGACGGCCAGUGGUUUCUUAUCCAGCGGCGAUCAUCGAACACGCGGCCAGGUGAUUCGUCGGUCGAGCAAUCGGUAGGGAACGUUGCGAUUUCAUGAGAAAA